GGUUAACUUUAAAAAGCCAACCUCUACCCCAGAACCUUCCAAGUUCCCAAAUCCUAGCCAACAUGUUACACCAGCCAUCUGGAAAACAAAGCCCAUCAGUGAACUUUUCUGGGAACAUUCUUGCAGUAUCUUCCUCCAACCAGAACAAGAGGCAGCUCUGCAUGCCCCAGGGACUCUUCUUCCUCUAACCCUGCAGAAGCUUUUGAUCUUCUGUGUCUGCCCUUGCAGGAAGAGUGAAGUCAGUCUACAGCCCCACCCAUCCAAGUGCAUCCAACCCAUCUAUAAAGGAGCGUCCCAGACAGCCACCCCUGGAAUUUCCAACUCUUGGCCCUCCUUAGCCAUGAGCCUCUACUUUUCUGGAUUACUCUUCUUCCUGGUGACCACAUUGCCUUCAGGGAAUGGUAUGUUUGGGAAUGAUGGAGUAGACAUUCGAACUUGCGUUGCCCUCGAGGGCAAGUGUUUCUUCGGUUGCACACCGGGAUGGACCUGGAUUGCAUUCUGUCACAACAUAUUGUCUUGUUGUAAAAAACAGACAGUAAAUAUACCCCCACAAGCCAAAGAGCCAUGGGACCAAUAAACCUCAUGAGUCUGA